AUGAAGCGACCUUGCGAGGAAACUACCUCAGACAGUGAUAUGGACGAGACUAUAGACGUGGGGAGCGAGAACAACUACUCGGGGCAAAGUAAUAGUUCUGUCAUUCGAUCAAAUUCCCCAACAACAACAUCUCAGAUCAUGGCCAGAAAGAAAAGAAGAGGGAUUAUAGAGAAAAGGCGCCGUGAUCGUAUAAAUAACAGUUUAUCAGAGCUGAGGCGGCUUGUGCCAACUGCUUUUGAAAAACAAGGAUCUGCCAAAUUAGAAAAAGCGGAAAUACUGCAAAUGACAGUGGAUCAUCUGAAGAUGCUGCAGGCAACAGGAGGGAAAGGUUAUUUUGACGCUCAUUCCCUGGCCAUGGAUUUCAUGAGCAUCGGCUUCCGGGAGUGCUUGACAGAAGUCGCGAGGUACCUGACUUCGGUGGAAGGUCUGGACACAUCCGACCCCCUGCGCGUCAGACUCGUGUCUCACCUGAGCACCUGUGCCUCUCAGAGGGAAGCUGCUGCCAUGACCUCCUCCAUGGCCCACCACCACCACCCCUUGCACCCUCACCACUGGGCAGCCGCCUUCCACCACCUCCCGGCCGCUCUGCUGCAGCCGAACGGACUCCACGCCUCCGAUGCCGCCCCAUGCAGACUCUCCUCGGACGUGCCCCCGCACGGCUCCGCCCUGCUCACGGCCACCUUCGCCCACGCCGACGCCGCCCUCAGAGUCCCCUCGGCCGGCAGCAUCGCUCCCUGUGUCCCUCCUCUCUCCACCUCCCUCCUGUCCCUGUCGGCCACCGUUCACGCCGCGGCAGCAGCAGCCACAGCUGCAGCCCAGAGCUUCCCCCUCUCCUUCACCGGCACCUUCCCCAUGCUCCCCCCCAGCGCGGCCGCCGCCGCCGUGGCUGCGGCCACCGCCAUCACCCCUCCGCUGGCCGUGUCCGCCGCUGCCAGCCCUCAGCAGGCGGGCACCGGGGGUGGCACCAAGCCCUACCGACCCUGGGGGACUGAAGUUGGAGCCUUUUAA